AGUUUUCAAUUUUUAACAAUGUUUUCUUGGUAAUUCCUAAGUGUAGUAUUUAUUGGUGGUUAUCACCAUUUGUACAAUUGCUACACGCAAGGAAAAAUAUCCUACUUUUGUUUUCGACUUGUGCCGAGAACACUUAAAAGAUACCUGAAUGUCAUGGCUACUUCAGAUCCAGAAGUUGCUGAUUACAAAAUUUCAUACUGGACCUUCUGUGGAGAUUCUGUUGAAAAGCAGGAUGGAGAAAUGACUAUAUUAUUUAAGGAAGGUCUGAUAUUUCGUAACUUCAUUGAGAAGCAAAUCGGAAUCGAGUCUUUAAGAUGGGUUUCCCGGCAGUCAUUUGAAGGUCUCUCAGAAAAAGAUUGCAUUGUAGUUUCUUAUUUGGACAAUGUAUCAAAAGAUGUGGCAAACAUUUUCUUUGAGCUGAAGUCAGAAGCAGAAGAGGCCAGGACAUGUUUCAAUACAAUGAGGGACUUACUGACUAUAAAAUAUCAAGGAUGCACUGAUGAUCUAGGGAAAAUUAGCGAUGUUGUCAACAUGGUAUUUAAUCAGCCAAUAUUUAUGGGCAGGACUAAGAUGAUUGUUCAUACAUCAGAAGAAGGAAAGAUUGAUCAUGCUGUUGAAGAGUCCCCUGGUGAAAUGUCGGAAUUUUUGAUGAUCAUUGAUAUAGAAUGUAUGUGUUUGUACAGGGGACAACUUAACAAACCAGUACACGAGCUUAUGUUUUGGGAAGAAGAGAGCUUAAAUUCCAUCGAGCGUGUUAAACUUACACAGAAACGGCAGCCAGGGAGUUUACCAGAAAAGAUAGUCUACUUCCAAACAAAGACUCAGUCAUUUGGUUAUGUUGCAGAUACAGAGAUAGUGAAACAGUUGCAAAACUUGACAGCAAAGAAAAGGCACAUAAUGACAGAGCCACAGUUAAUGUUGGAAAUAAUGCCAAAGCUCAGUUUACCAUCCAAACAGUCUUCUUAUUGGUCCAACAGAAAACCACAAGAGAGUGGUCUAUAUGUGACAGGAGGUGCAGGAUCAAGCUAUAAUUCUAGUUCUUCUGGACUGGAAUCUCAAAUAGCAGAAAGACUUAAUGGUGAGCUAGAAAAUGCAUUGGUGACUUUUAUGGAGAAUGAAGACAUGCAGAAUAUAUGGAUAGCAAUUGAGUUUGACAUUAAAGAAAUAAUAGAGAGUGGAACUGCACCUACAACAGAUCAUAGGAGUGGAGGUAUGGAUAGUGACAGUGGGGAUCACUUACAGAAAGCUCUUCAAGAUGUUAUGGAUCAAUUGCAGGAGAAUAAUCUACCCAUUGCAAUAUCAAGGAUAAAGGCAUGUCGGGAUUUGUUUGGAAGCAGCAGUAUCUCAGCAAUACGGAAGAUUUUUGACAAAGAUGAUGUUCAUCUUCUAAAGUCUCUUUAUUUCAAGUCUUUGUUAGGGUAACCAGCUUAACAGUUCAAGAAUCUAAUGGAGAACAGAAAUGAAAAUAUGGUCACACAAAUGACUCAUACUAAAAGGGCCACAAUUGGUACAUGGAUAAAGAAAGAUUCACUGAUACUAGAAAGAAAGAAAUUCAUUUAAACAAUGCAUGUUUUUUUUCUUUUAGAAUUUCAUCAUCUUUUUAAAGUUGUGAUUAAUAAUAUUAUUAUGAUGACAUAACAGGUGUAUUUGCCAGCUGUAGUUUCUUAGGAAUUUUAUCAUAAUUUCAAUGAUCUUUUAAGGUUGUAUAUUUCUAAGGGAAAAAAAUAUCUAUUGCUACGGCAAUGUUGACGUUGCCACUGCUGUUGCCAGUGCAAUCCAGCGAUUCACCUGUGCUUGCGUGCGUGUGCUUGCAUGUGUGUGUGUUUUAUAUACAUUAUAUAGUGAACUUUAAAAAUCUUCUUGUGAAAAACUACUUAUCCAAUUUUAACCAAACUUGGCAGGCUUGUUCUUUGGGUGAAGGGCUUCCAAAGUUCUUCAAAGAAUUUGAUUCCAUGCAGAUAUCUGGUUGCCAUGGCAACCAAAAGGAAUUAUAAGAAUAAAUUUAAAAAUCUUCUUGUAAAGGUCCACAAGGCAUAGAACAUAGAUAUUUUGCAAAAGAUAACACCUCGACCAAAAUUGUUCAAAUUAUAGCCUUGGGGUCAAAAUUGGCCCCGCCUUGUGGGUCAUUUAUUUUCACUUUGUUCAUAUAGUAAAAACUUAAAAAACCUUCUGGUCUGAAGGUACAAGGCUUAGAGCCUUGUUUUUGAUAUAUAUUAUCAUCUAUAGGUCCCCUACCAAAGUUGUUCACAUUUUGCCUCUAGUGUCAAAAUUAGCCCUGCCAUGUGGGUCAUAGGUUUUCCUUAUAUGUAUAUAAUAAAAACUUAUAAUAAAUUAUCUUCUCUGUAUUAACAAAGACUAGAUGUUGUUUAUUUUGCAUAAAAUAUAGUGUAGUGGACACAUAUUUCUUUUUAAAAAUCUAAGGCAUACAAAAGUGAAAGGUUAAAUCAGGUGUAAAAUGGUAUUCAAAAGAAUACCUUACGAAAUUUCUAUUUUUCGAAGCCACGAUAAUUGCCAAGUCUUAAAAAAAACCAAAAAAACAACAUUUUCCAGUAUACUUUGUUGUUUGUGUAAAUUUUGUUUUACGGAGCUACAUACCAUUUUAGGACAAUUUUAAAGCAUAAAUGUAAAUCAGUAAUUUGGUUUGAUAUCUAUGUUAGAUGUUUCGUCUCAUUUAUAUAAUUCUGAUGACUUUAUUUACGAUGUAUUCAUUCAUGCUUGCAAGAGCAUGUUUGUAUGCGAAGUUUAAUGUGUAGGUAUAUACUACGAUUUUAUCAAUGAACUGUUAUUUUUUGUUUUCUAUAAAGGAAUGUAUUAUUUUAUGAAAAUGAACAAUUUGGAACUUUCAAAGCAUUAAAACAACUUUGCAAACAAUAUUUUAAUGAUGUGUAGUCGGAAUGUAACAAUACUGCAGAAUGAAGAACUAGUUUCUAUAGCGGUUUUUAUCAGGAAGUGGAUGUUGUUUGGUAGAGGAUAAAUCUGUAACGCCUGUGGAGAUUUAGCUUAUAACUUUGUAUACAUUGCAAGCAAUGUAUAAAAUUAUACUGAAAGAAUUAAUUUACUUAAAGUUAAACCAUUUUUAGUUCACCUGAGCACAAAGUGCUCAAGGUGAGCUUUUGUGAUCAUAAUUUGUCUGGUGUGCAUCUGUGCGUCUGUCGUCAACUAUUUAUACAAACAACUUCUCAGAAACUACUGAACCAAAUUUGAUGAAAUUUUCCUGGGAUGUUCUUCUAAAAUUGUUCAAACAGUUCUGCGUCAUUGAAUAUCUGGAUAAGAAGGGCUAAAAAUAGAUUUUUAAAAUAAAAUCUUUAAAAAUCUACUUCUGAAAGUGCAAGGCCUAGAGCUUAGAUAUUUUGUGUGUAGCAUCAUUAAUGAAACUCUACAAAAAUUGUUCAAAUUAUAGCCUUGGGGUCAAAAUUGGCUUCCCUCGGGGGUCAAUAAUUUUCAUUAUGUAUAUAAAGUAAAAGCUUCUAGAAAUGUUCUCCUUUGAAUGUGCAAGGCCUUGAGCUCAGAUAUUUUGUGCGCAUCAUCAUCUAAUAAAACAAUAUAUAUAUAAUUAGUAAAAACUUUAAAAAUCAUCUUCUGUGAAUUGACAAAGGCUACAGGUUAGACAUUUGGCGUGAAACAUUGUGUAGUAGACCUCUACCAAGAUUGCUCAAAAGAUAGCCCUUUGGUCAAAAUAGGCCUGGCUGGGGGGGGGGGUAUUGAUUUUCAUUAUGUACAUAAUCUAAAAACUUAAAAAACCUUCUCCUCUGAAAGUGCAAGGAUAGAGCUUAGAUAUUUUGUCAGCAACAUAAUCUAAUGAAAUGUCUCUGGUCAAUAUUAACCAAACAAUAACAAUAGCUCUAUCUAUAACUAGGUGCUCAUUUAAAUGUUUAUUUAUGUUUGAACUGUCGAUUGCAUUCACCAUGUGGCUCACCUCUCAUGACUGUUAAAAAAACAAAAUGAGCCGCAUAACGACAAAACCAACGUAAUGCAUUUGUGACCAGCAUGGAUCCAGACCAGCCUGCGCAUCCGCGCAGUCUGAUCAGGAUCCAUGCUGUUUGCUAUCAGUUUCUCUACUUGUAAUAGGGUUUGUAAGGGAACAGCAUGGAUCCUGAUCAGACUGCACGGAUGGUCUGGAUCUAUGCUGGUCGCAAAGGCAUUGUGUUGGUUUUGUCGUGACGCGGCUCAAAUAUGUACUUCUAAUGAGAAUUACAAAUACAAAAUUCACACUUUUCAUGCAUUUUUGCUUUAUCUCAAAUAAAUUGAUAACACUAUUGUCUAACUUCAAGGCAGAUGAUAUUUUUAGCUUUUACUGAAAACCGUUUUCUGCUAUUUACACACUGAUGGUCACUCUGUCAUUUGUAAGUCGAUGGUCAGAUUCAAACAUCUUAGUUUCUAAGUCGACUUUUGGAAGUCUGAAACUUAUAAUUUCACUCUAAAUGAACAAACAAUCAAGAAUAGAUCUUUAACUGUCUUGCCCAGAUUUUGAAGCAAUUCAAGCUAUUCUAAUGAUUUUUUGAGCUGUAUCUUUGGAUAGAUAUUUGAAUGUUUUAAUAAUAAUAAUAAGUCUUUUGGGGGCUACCUGUCUAUUGAUUGGAGACAAAUGAUUCUACAAAUGAUUGAUAAUAUUAAAUAAUCAAACCUAAAUUAUUUAAGUAUUAAAAAUGUGCAAGAAAACAUUUAUAUACUUUAUAUUACUUAGUAACCUAGAACUUUGUGAUUUAUUUAGAUCAAGAUACUAUAUGGAACUAUGUUUUUGUUUUUAGACCACUUAUACAUGUACUGAGAAUAAAAGUUUUAUGACCCAGGCUGCUUUUUUAUACUACCUACUUUUUGGACACUGGGCAUUUGCGAGAAUAUGUGGCUUUAGUAGUAUGAUUGUUUUAAAGUUUUAGCAUUAUUACCUUUAGUUGUGUUUUUUUUUUAUUAUUUAAAACCAUUUUGAAUUUUUAGCUAUGCUGUUUACUAUUACAAAUAUAUAUUUACAAACA